AUGUUUAUGCCAUCUGAAGAGCAGGAAGAAUUUCAGCGCAUUCUUCAAAACGCAAUAGAAGAUCUUGUAAACGCUCGUCCAAGUGAACCAAUAAAAUAUCUCGCCCAGUCCCUCUACCAAUCUCUUCCAGUUGCUGAGCAGAAUGACCAAGAAUUUCCAGAAUUCGCCGCAGCUCGAAACCAAGGCUGCAUGCCUUCUCGAGGAUAAUUCCUCUUGCAGUCAUUUUCUCGACAUUAUUUUGUCGAAAUUUUUUCUAGCCUGGCAUUUGUUUGAAAAAUAAAUGUUUUUGUUUAACAAAUGUCUGCCAAGAAUUUCUCUCAUGGGUAAAAAUCAGGACAACUGAAACCACCCUUACAAUGUUAGAGUUGGUGAUUCAAGUUCCAAUCCUAAUGUUCAGUACCCUGAAGGCUUUGUGCCUUCACGUCGACGUAAUUUUCAUUUAGCCUCUGUAUGUGGAGAGUCGAUAUCUGAAGAAGAGCUUGCAUGGAGACCACUUUCUCUAAAUUAUUCUAUAUUUGUUGAGCACUAUUAAUAAAAUUUUGCAUUAGCUUUAAAACAAUAUAAAAAUCCUACAAUUUUUUCAUGCCAUAAAAAUUAAUUAUGAAGACCACCAACUUUUGAUAAAGAUUUAGGAACUCUUACAAGACUUAAAGAAAUGCUGACUAAAAAUAUUCUAUUUAGCCAUUUGAGUGAAGAAAAUAUCGCAACUGUAGCAGACGCAUUGGAAUUGAUCGAAAUUCCAGCUGGUGAAUUGGUAAUAAAGCAGCAUGAUACUGGAAAUGCUUGCUAUUUUGUAGAGGAAGGAAGCUUGAAAUGCGAUGUAGAAGGGCGUGGACAUGUAUGCAAUUAUGCAAAAGUAAUUUUUAGCCAGGAAGAUAGCUUUGGAGAGGUAGCCUUAAUGUAUGGGAAUAUAAGAGGUGCGACAAUAUCUGCUAUAACUGACUCGAAACUUUGAAAGCUAGAUAGGAUGACAUAUAAAAAAAUUGUUUUAAAUUUUAUGCUUCCAAAGCGCUCAAAGUUUGUGGAAUUUUUGACAAGAGUCUCGAUUUUUAGUAUAGAAAUAAGGAAACUUGAAAAAAAUCGUCGGCAAGCGAAAGAAUGCUUUUUAAAAAAAUAUAAAAAAUGGAGAUUUGGGGUAUAAGAUCUAAAAUAUUAGUAGCAGGAUAAUUCAUAAUUAGACACAUUACCAGAAACUAUAAUGAAUGAGCUGGCCAAGCACUCGCACCAUUUGGUGUAUGAGCCUGGGUAUGUUAUCUACUCUGCAUCUCAUGCAGAUAGAUACCUAUAUUUAAUAGAAAAAGGAGUUGCUGUUAUUAAAUACAAGGAUAAGGAUGUACAAAGAUUAGGACCUUUUGAAUUUUUUGGUGAUAGAUCAAUAUUUGGGGAAGUUACUGAAGCUGACCGAGCAGAAGCAGAAACUGAGGGUUCCUUCACACGACGACUAUUUCAUAACGACUAUUUUUUUUGGCCUAUUUUUUUUUGGCCUAUUUUUUUAUGGCCUAUUUUUUUUUGGCCUAUUUUUUUGGCCUAUUUUUUUUUGCCUAUUUUUUUUAUCUAGCCUCAUUCAUGAAGCUGCUGAGAGGACUAGAACCUUAUUAAGAAACAGAGACUUUUUCUUACGCGAUUAAUAUUUAGUCCCCCCCCCCCUCCGUGAGCGAACAAAAAAAUUUUGUUCACUCACGGAGGGGGGUUAAUUUUUUUUUUAAAAAAAAUUUAUAUAUAAAUUUUAUAAAAAAUAUUUUUUUCGAAAUUUAAAAAAAUCCUAAUUUGCAAAAAUUGGGAAGCAAAUAUUAAUUUAAUUUGCAAAAUUUAUGUUUUAAAACGCAAUUUGUUUUAAAAUUAAACAGAAUUAGCUCUAGAUUUCAUUAUACUAAUUAUCACUUAUAUAUCAAAAAUUUUUUUCAUUAAAAUUUUUUCUAUUAAAAAAUUUUUGUUCGCUCACGGAGGGUGGGUUUUUUGGUCAAAAAAUGGUGAUUUUUCUAAUGGUUUUGUUUCGCUCACGGAGGGGGGGGGGGGCUAGUUAGUAAAUUAAGUGAAAAAAACUCCUAAUUAAAUCUAAAAUUUUCGAAAUUUAAAAACAAUGAAUUAGUAUUCAUGGAGUACGAAAUCUGUUAAGGGUGCAUUUUUUGUUGGUUAAAUCGCUUAAAACAAAUUAAAAAUUAUAUUAAAACAAUUAGUAUGGAAUUAUGCCCAAAUAUUAGUAAAAAAUAGUUAAAAAAUUGUCAAAAAAUCGGCCAAAAAAAAUAGGCCAAAACAAAAUAGGCCAAAAAAAAAUAGGCCAAAAAAAAAAAAUAGGCCAAAAAAAAAUAGGCCAAAACAAAAUAGGCCAAAAAAAAAUAGGCCAAAAAAAAAUAGGCCAAAAAAAAAUAGGCCAAAAAAAAAUAGGCCAAAAAAAAAAUAGUCGUUAUGAAAUAGUCAUCUUGUGAAGAUACGGAAACUGAUUGCUGCAUUUAUAGGUUCCCUGAACCAAUAAUAGACAGCAUUUUGGAUUUGAUUAAAGAUGAAUUGAGGGAGCAAUCAAGUCUUAAGCUACUAUAA